CUGAAACAUUUCGUUGAAGCCACAGAGGAGGUCCAGCCCAGACGAAACUCUGCAAAGUUUGAUAUAAAAUAGUUUCUCAACAACUCAACAGGAUCUUUUCAACACUGUACACAGAUAUGGCUGCUGCUGCCACGUGUCUGCUGUCUGAAGAUCAGUUUCUGUGCUCCGUCUGUCUGGAUGUGUUCACAGAUCCAGUCAGCACACCGUGUGGACACAACUUCUGCAAAACCUGCAUCACUGAACACUGGAGGGUUAAUGAUCCUUGCGAAUGCCCGAUGUGUAAAGAAGUUUUCCCCAUAAAACCUGAGUUAAAGACCAACAUUUUUAUCUCAGAGAUGGUCGUCAAGUUCAGACAAGAAACGAACAGCAGCAGCUCAGAACAACAAGCUGCCAAACCAGGAGAAGUUCCAUGUGACAUCUGCACUGAAAGCAAACUGAAGGCCCUGAAGUCCUGCCUGGUGUGUCUGACCUCCUACUGCGACACUCACCUGAAGCCUCAUCUGACUAAAGCACCUUUAAAAAGACAUCAGCUGAUCGAUGCUGUGGAGAACCUGGAAAACAGGAUGUGUGUGAAACACAGUAAACCCCUGGAGCUGUUCUGUAAGACCGACCAGACAUGUGUCUGCAUGCUCUGUCCUGUUUUAGACCAUAAGAUGCAUGAUAUUGUUCAUCUGAUCAAUGAAUAUGAAGGGCAGAAGGAAGAGUUGAAGAAGACAGACACUGAAAUUCAGCAGAAGAUCCAGGAGAGACAACUGAAGAUCCAGGAGAUCAAACAUGCAUUGGACCUCAGUAAGAAAGCUGCAGACAGAGACACAGCAGAAGGUGUCCAGGUCUUCACUGCUGUGAUGGAGUCUGUUCAGAGAAGUCUGAACCAACUGAAAGAGGAGAUCGAAGAAAAGCAGAGAAGGACAGAGAAACAGGGUGAAGACUUCAUCAAAGAGCUGGAACAGGAAAUCUCUGAGCUGAAGAAGAGAAGCACUGAGGUGGAGCAGCUCUCACACUCUGAAGACCACCUCCACUUUGUCCAGAGAUUCUCAUCUGUUAAAUCUGCUCCAGCCAUGAAGAGCUGGGAAAAGGUCAGCGUCCGUCCACCAUCGUAUGGAGAGGUUAUGGGGAAAAUUGUGUCUCAGCUGGAGGUAAAAUUCAGUGAAGAAACAAAGAUGUUGCUCAAGGCGGUUAAGCUGAGGAGAGUCCAGCAGUAUGCAGUGGACGUGACUCUAGAUCCUGAUACAGCACACCCUGAGCUCAUCCUGUCUGAUGAUAAGAAACAGGUACAUCACAGCGAUGUAUUGAAGAGUCUUCCAAACAACCCAGAGAGAUUUAGUUGUAGUCGCUGUGUCUUAGGAAAGCAGAGUUUCUCUUCAGGCAGAGUUUACUUCGAGGUUCAGGUCAGAGGGAAGAGUGCGUGGACUGUAGGAGUGGCCAGAGAGUCAAUCAACAGGAAAGACCUACUGUACUUGAGUCCUGAGUAUAAAAACUGGACCAUUGGGCUGAGAAAUAGAAAUGAGUACAAAGCUUAUUCUGUCUCUACUGCCAGUCUCUCUCUGAAGUCGCAGCCGCAGAAGGUGGGGGUGUUUGUGGAUUAUGAGGAAGGUCUGGUCUCCUUUUAUGAUGUAGAUACUGCAGAUCUAAUCUACACCUUUAAGGGCUGCCGCUUCACUGAGAAACUCCUCCCAGUCAUCAGUCCUUGUAAGAAUGAUGGAGGUAAAAACUCUGCUCCUCUGAUCAUUACUCCUGUCAAACAGUAGAGAAUAUUUUAAAUGGAAAGGUUUCCUUUUUUUUAACAAAUAUAUAUUGGAACAAAUAUACACAAUAGGAACAUUGUAAAGGAGGAUUUAAAUUUUCCAAUGUGUUGUACUCACUGAUUGUACUUCCGUUGUUGAAUUAUACCUGAAUUUAAAGGAUCAAUGUGUGAUACUUAGUGAUAUCUAGUGUUGAUGUUGCAGAUUGCAGCCACUUCUCCUAUGGUGGAUGUAAUUAUGUGGAAGUCCCUCUGUAAUGCUGUUGUGUAUUUAGUUCAUCCUGGUCCUUUUUGUUGAGUGGAUAUUGACUCUAGUCCUCACCCACUCACGGUGACCUGCUCCUCUGUAGAUAUAAACAGUUUAUUCUAAGGCAACGAAGACAUUGUUCUUAUUUUCAUCCGCAUACUACACAUGCAUAUUGUACAUGAUGUACAUGCAUGCAAUGAUUUUUUCACAUAUGUCUUAUUGUGUCACAGUGUGGAGCCAAACCUCUGUGACUGUGGUUCAACCUGUCACUUCUGUGUAUAACCAAGCCCUAAAAAUAAUGGCUAAAAAACCCAGGAGAUGGCAUCACUGUCAGAUACUGAAGCAGUAUCAUCUGCUCAGUGUUGAUAAUUUUAUCAAAUUCUCAAACCUGAAAAUGAUUUUUAAAUGUUUACAAAACUUAGCAGCAGAUAUUUUAUGUAAAUUUUCCAUGAAACAAAAUACUGGCAGGAACACCAGAGGUGCAGCCAGUGGUAAUUGUAAAAUGACACAUUGAAAGACCUCCAUGGGGCAGUCAGACAGAAAUAAAAUUAACACAAGAUGUAAAAACUUUUUUUUUUCUACUUUUCUUUCUUUCUUACUCUUUUUUUCUCUACUAAAAGCCUGACUAGGGACUGGAGAUGGAAACUAACACUAUCAAUAAUCUCUUUAUGUGAAUCAUCAGUUUCUACAGCUUGUAUGUAACAGGUAGAAGUUAUACUAUGUAUUUACAUUGUCCUUAUCAAAUAAACUUUAUAAAUACAAUACAAUGUAUAAUUCUCAGACUAUUCAUGGGGAUAUGUUAGUAAUUUUCAGUGUGUUAUAAUAGUGUGAUAAUGAAAUAAUGAGCAUAAUCAUACACUGUUCACUAAAUUGACAUUGUUAUUUACACAGGGUAUGUGGUUAUAACUACUUGUAUUAAUGUCAGACUCUGAGGAAAAUGUAAUCUAAAAUGUAAUGAAAGUAGUAAAAGUAUGAGUUGGGCU